AUGUGCUGUGUUACGCUAUGUCGUGAUAGUGGUGUUAUUUGCAUUAUCCACAGCAGUUGGUUGAGGAGUUGUGAUUGUGUAGGGAAUGGCAUCACUACUGUUAGCUGUAGGAGGACUUGUAGGAAAAGCUGCAGUUGUGUCAGGAAACGUGGUGUCGCUUGUACUGUCGGCAGUAGUUAUUUCAGGACGUGUAGCUGUGGAAGGAAUAGCAUCACUAGUGUUAGCAGUAGCACUGGUAGGGAAAGGUGUAGUUGUGUUGGGAAAUGUGGGGUGGGUUGUAUUGUCAACAGUUGGUUCAGGAGUUGUGGUUAUCAAAGGAAUCACAUCACUAGUGUUAGCAGUAGGACUCAUAGGGAAAGGUGUAGUUGUGUUGGGAAAUGUGGGGUCAGUUGUAUUGUCAACAGUUGGUUCAAGAGUUGUAGUUAUCAAAGGAAUCACAUCACUAGUGUUAGCAGUAGGACUCAUAGGGAAAGGUGUAGUUGUGUUGGGAAAUGUGGGGUGGGUUGUAUUGUCAACAGUUGGUUCAGGAGUUGGGGUUGUCAUAGUAAUCACAUCUUUAGUGUUAGCAGUAGGAGUCAUGGGGAAAGGUGUAGUUGUAUUGGGAAAUGUGGGGUCAGUUGUUUUGUCAACAGUUGGAUAAGGAGUUGGGGUUGUCAUAGUAAUCACAUCAUUAGUGUUAGCAGUAGGAGUCAUGGGGAAAGGUGUAGUUGUAUUGGGAAAUGUGGGGUCAGUUGUAUUGUCAACAGUUGGUUCAAAAGUUGUAGUUGUCAAAGGAAUCACAUCACUAGAGUUAGCAGUAGGACUCACGGUUAUAGGUGUUGUUGUGUCAGGAAAUGUGGGGGCAGUUGUACUGUCGGUAGUAGUUAUUUCAGGAGUUGGGGUUGUCAUAGGAAUCACAUCACUAGAGUUAGCAGUAGAACUUGUAGGGAAAGGUGUAGUUAUUUCAGGAAGUGUGGGUGUGGAAGUACUUUCUGUUUCAGGUGUAGUUGUGACAGCAAUACUGGUUGAGGGUUCAGUGCUAGAUGCAGUUGUGUGAGGGCUUGUGGGAAAUACACUGGUUGUAUCUGGUGGGGGAAGUAUAGGAUCUCCAUAAACCCAGAUAAUCUCUGUCAUCUUUUCUAGGUUCACAUUCUUUUCCGUCAGUUGAA